GUAUAAGAAGCUCCUCUCUCUCUCUCUGGCAGAGCCGAGCCGAGCAGGCACCGAGAGGAAGAAGGACCCUCCUGAGGGGCAUGGGGCGGCGGCAGCAGCCUUCCUGACGGAGAAGAGAGCAGCCCGGCCUCGCAGGGCUCGGGAGGGGCCCCCAGCUCCAAGGCAGCCCCGGGUUCAAGAGGGAGGGAGGGAGGGAAGAGGAGGAUGACCUGGCCCUAGCAGGACAAGGCUGGGCUCCUGGGCGGACAGAGGGAAGGAAAGAAGGAAGGAAGCCCUCGCCUCCGGAGCCGCCUCCCUCUCAGCCCCCAGCACCACCACCAGCAGCACCGGUCGCCCUCACGGGCUGAGCAAAAAUGACCGUCAAAGCUGCAAGAAUGUCAUGCAUUGCUCCAAAUGUUUAUACUAAAGUGCCUGAUGGAGGAUGGGGCUGGGUUGUGGCUUUUGCUUUCUUCUUUGUGGAGGCCCUGACAUACGGAAUCAUCAAGUCUUUUGGAGUCUUCUUUACAGACUUAGUGCAAAGUUUUGAAGAAACCAAUAGCAGGAUAUCAUGGAUAAUCUCAAUAUGUGUGUUUGUACUAACAUUUACAGCUCCUCUUUCUACAGUACUAGCCAAUCGUUUUGGUCAUCGUUUGGUGGUGAUUAUUGGAGGUUUGCUGAUAAGCACUGGAAUGGUUGGAGGCUCCUUUGCACGCACUGUUACUGAAAUGUACAUUUCCAUUGGCAUAAUCUCGGGACUAGGAUACUGCCUUACCUUUCUCCCAACCGUCACCAUUCUGUCACAGUACUUUGACAAAAAGCGCUCAUUAGUCACAGCUGUAGCUUCCACAGGAGAAUGCUUUGCUGUCUUCUCUUUUGCACCAGCUAUCACUGCUUUGAAAGAACACAUUGGCUGGAGAUACAGCCUCUUGUUUGUUGGUCUGCUGCAGCUUGGAAUUGUUGCUUGUGGAGCACUGCUACGACCCAUCAUAAUCAAAGCACAGGAAGUAGUAAAAGUCUCCCCAGUGGAAGAGCGAAGAGAGACAAAGUACAUGCUUGAAAAUGAACAGACCCGCACCUCAAUAGAUUCCAUUGACUCAGGAGUAGAAAUAACUACCUCACCUCGCAACAUGUCUGGAGAUGCCAAACUGGAACUGAAAAAUGAAGAAGAACCAAAGGAAAACACUGAGAUGCUUACACAAUCUAGUAGCAUUCCAACCAAGGAACCAAAAAUCCAACUGCUAGACUUCUCCGUGUUGAAAGACUAUAGCUUUAUUUGUUAUGCACUUUUUGGUUUGUUUGCUACUCUGGGAUUCUUUGCCCCUUCCCUAUACAUCAUCCCCCUCAGCAUGAGCCUCGGAAUCGACAAGGACCACUCUGCAUACAUCUUGUCAGCAAUGGCAAUCGCGGAGGUCUUUGGCAGAAUCAGCGCUGGCUGGGUCCUCAACAAAAAACCUAUUCGGAAAAUUUACAUUGAACUCAUAUGUGUCAUUCUGCUGGAUAUUGCCCUCUUUGCCUUCCCACUUGCUUAUGAAUUUUGGGGACUAAUGAUGUGUAGCAUUUUCUUCGGUUUUAUGCUUGGAACUGUAGCAGGCACACACAUUCCUAUGCUGGCUGAAGAUGAUGUAGUUGGCAUUGAGAAGAUGUCGUCUGCUGCAGGAGUUUAUGUAUUUAUUCAAAGUUUAUCAGGGUUGGCUGGACCACCCCUUGCAGGUGUGCUAGUGGAUACUACGAAGAAUUAUAGUUCUGCAUUCUAUUCUUGUGCUGCUGGUAUGCUGUUGGCUGCUGUAUUUCUUUCUUUGGUGAGGCCUUGCAAAAACUUACAGUGUCCAAGUAAGAAGCAACCCAUACACGAGAAUGUGUCACAGACUUUGCAGCAAGUACCAGAUGACUUCAUAGAACCUGAUCUUGCUUAAAAUGAGGAUUCUGAAAGAGGUUGUGAUAGUAUGGCUUGAAUUUUAAAAUACACACCAUGUUUAAAGACUUGGGCAAAAGCAAGUCAGCUCCAAUCCACCUUCUAAAAACUAUAUUUUUUAAAGGGAAUGCAAAAUCAAAAAAAUGUGAACAGAUGCUAUCAAUCCUUUCAGAAAUAUUAACGUUAAUUUGUAAACACCUGGAAUGCUAAAUUUGUUCACACACUCCUGUCCAGCAUGAAGUUGUGGUUCAAAAUUCUCAUAUUUUCAAGCAGACACAUGAAACAUAUGAAUUCAAAAUAAUUGGGGGGGGGGAUCAUUUAUGGUGAAAGAAAAAUGUAAUAUGGGUCACGUAUCAGAAACUCACUUACCAACCUUUUUUAUUGCCUGCUAAGAUUUCAUACCAAGAAACCUUAUUCUGUCAAUCAGCAAGAAAAGAAUGAUGACACAAGAGAUGAUUUGGUGAAAGAAAUCAUUCUGAACUUUUUAGUUUUCUUAUCAGAUCAAAAAGUUUAUUCUAGAUUUUCAGGGGAAGGGGUGUUGGGGUAGAUGGCAUAGUUAGAGCAGGGGUGGUGAAUCUGUGAUUCUCCAGAUGUUGGACUCCAUCUUCCAUAACUCCUAACCUACAUAGCCAGUAGCUAAGGAAGGUGAAAGUUGGAAACCAGCAAAAUCAGGAAACCACAGGGCUCUCUACCUUAACCUAGAGAAUUAACAGAAUGUUACUUUGUUUUAAAAACUUGUUUGACUUUCUUAAAUGCUUGGAAGUAGGAGGCUACCACUUCUAUUUUAUGGCCAGUUACUAUUUCAGAUAUUUCUUGAGAAUAUUCUGUUUCACUCCAGAUUCCAAUGUUUAUGGUCCAAACUUAUGCUUGCUUAUUCAGAACUUUUUAAGUUUCAUACUUUAAAUAUGAAUUAAACCCAAGUGAGCAUAGCAUUGCAAUCUUAGGUUGCAACCUUGUACCAUUACAUUGGAACACAGAUCCAAAACACACUGCAGAAAUAAUCCAGGUUUAGACCGCUUUACCUGCCCUGGCUCAGUGCUAGGGAAUUCUGGGAACUAGUUUUGUGAUACAUUUGGCCUUCUCUACCAGAGACUGGUAUCCAUCUACAACUCCCAGGAUUCCAUAGUACUGAGCCAGGGAAAUUAAAGCAGUCUCAAACUGGAUUAUUUCUGCAGGGUGUUUUGGACGACAGUCUCUCUGAACUUAGUGGGAUUUGCUUCUAGCAGAUAUAUGUAGGUUGACACUGUUGAAGACUUGUACUCCCCUCUUGGCAGUUGGAAAAACAUGACUUUAAUACAUUUUAAUUUAAAACUAGUAUUUAUUGUUACUUUAAGAAUAUUAGAGGCUGUCUUGUGGGAGCAAAUCUGUGGAUUUUAAAAAACAACCCUUCACUAGUCUUUAUUUUAACAUUAUUUUGUUAAUUGUUCUCGAGAUUAUUUUUAAAUGUGUAAGCAACUAUAAUCAGGAUCUUUUCCUAUUAAGCCGGGUAGAGAGAAAGGCUAUGGCCAAGAUCCAGUAAAUUUGCUGGUGUACUCACCAGGGGCAGAGGCUGCUCUGUCUUCCUCCCUUCCUCCCCAGGUGCACAACUUCAGUCAGAAGACUUGCAGGCACCACAAUAUUCCCCCGGCUACUGAUCAGAUGCAGGGAUGCACCUAAGUGUAUGCCAGCUGCCCUUGCACACCUCAGGAAGAAGCAUCUUUCCCUAGCAUAAGGCUGCUCAUUCCUCUCAGGGUAUAUGAGGACAGCUGUAAUACAUAUGGAUGCAUCUACAUAGCCAGUUAAUGGCUGAUGUGACUCAACUGCACCUGUAAGCCCUCCCCAGUUGCUGUUACACACCUGGACCAAGUGGUGUUGCAUAGGGAAGUACAAGAUACUUCCUUCUGCAACAUUCAAAGAAAAACAUAUGGUGGCAUAACAGAGUGCCAUGCCAGUAUAUGAGACCAAGAGGAUUAUAGCCAAUGUCUUUUAAAAAUGAACCUCAUCCAUGCUUUUCUGGAGUACAAUCCCUGAAGUACCAAAACUACAGUUCUGGUUGGCAAAUGUGCUGAAGGCAGGGUCCUGAUCACUUGAAGUUAGGUACAGUGGGCUUAGUAACCACUGGAGUUUGGUCCCAGGACCCUCUGUAGAUACCUAAAUCCAUGGAAGCUCAUCCUGUUAUAUAAAUAGCAAAGUAAAAUGGUGUCCCUUAAAUAAAAUGGCAAAAUCAGUUUGUUCCUUGGGAAUUUAUAUAUUUUCUAAAUAUUUUCAAGCUGGGGUUUGUUGAUAAAGAAUAUGUGGAUACAGAGGGCCAACUGUAUUGUAUUAAGAGCAUUUAUGUAGUAAGUGAGGAGUCUGAACUUAAAUGUUUACUGAGGCCUGUUACAGACUGCCAAAAUAAAGCUGCUUCGGGUCUCUUUGGAAGCAUGCUGUUUAAAUGAUGCAUGCAUCCUAAGAAUCCAG